CUGCACACCGGUUUACCCACAGUGCACCGCGCCUGCUCCUUUCUUCUCGGUUGUGUGGUGGUCCAAGAUGUCGCUGCUGGAUGGCCCGUUAAAUGUGCUCGGCCAGAGGACGACUGGCGAGUCUGUCCGGACUCAGAAUGUCAUGGCAGCGGCAUCCAUCGCCAACAUCGUCAAGAGCUCCCUCGGACCCGUUGGCCUCGACAAGAUGCUGGUGGACGACAUCGGGGAUGUGACCAUCACCAAUGACGGAGCGACCAUCCUGAAGCUGCUGGAGGUGGAGCACCCAGCGGCCAAGGUCCUGUGUGAGCUGGCCGAUCUUCAAGACAAGGAGGUCGGAGACGGGACGACGUCUGUGGUGAUAAUCGCAGCAGAAUUGCUGAAAAGUGCCGACGAGCUGGUGAAGCAGAGGAUUCACCCCACCUCUGUCAUCAGCGGAUACCGCCUGGCAUGCAAAGAAGCAGUGCGCUACAUCAAUGAGAAUCUCACCAUUGGGACAGAUGACUUGGGGAGGGAGUGCCUCAUCAACGCAGCCAAGACUUCCAUGUCAUCCAAAAUCAUCGGAGUUGACGCAGAUUUCUUCGCUGACAUGGUGGUGGAUGCCGCCAUGGCCGUUAAGUUUGUAGACAGCAAGGGUGUCGCCAAAUAUCCCAUCAACUCGGUGAACGUGCUGAAGGCUCAUGGACGCAGCCAGAAGGAGAGUUUCCUGGUCAACGGAUAUGCGCUGAACUGCACAGUUGGCUCCCAAGGCAUGGUGAAACGUAUUGUGAACGCUAAGAUUGCUUGCCUGGACUUCAGCCUGCAGAAGACCAAAAUGAAAAUGGGAGUUCAGGUCAUAAUCAGUGACCCGGAGAAGCUCGACCAGAUCAGACAGAGGGAAUCUGAUAUCACCAAGGAGAGGAUCCAAAAGAUUUUGGCUGCAGGUGCGAAUGUCAUCCUGACCACCGGUGGCAUCGACGACAUGUGUCUGAAGUAUUUUGUCGACGUGGGAGCAAUGGCAGUCCGACGGGUGCUGAAGAGAGACCUCAAGCGGAUCGCCAAGGCAACAGGAGCAACCGUCUGCCCAUCCCUGACCAACCUGGAGGGAGAGGAGUCGUUUGAGGCCACGAUGCUCGGUCAGGCGGAGGAGGUGGUGCAGGAGCGCGUCUGUGACGACGAGCUCAUGCUCGUCAAGAACACCAAAGCACGAACAUCAGCCUCCAUCAUCCUGCGCGGAGCCAAUGACUUCAUGUGUGACGAGAUGGAGCGUUCGCUGCACGACGCUCUGUGUGUGGUGAAGAGGGUGCUGGAGUCGAAGUCGGUGGUGCCUGGAGGAGGCGCUGUGGAGGCGGCCCUGUCCAUCUACCUGGAGAACUACGCCACCAGCAUGGGCUCCAGAGAGCAGCUGGCCAUUGCCGAGUUCGCCCGAUCCCUCCUCGUCAUCCCCAAGACGCUGGCCGUGAACGCAGCACAGGACUCCACUGACCUGGUGGCCAAGCUCCGGGCUUUCCACAACGAGGCUCAGGUCAAUCCUGAGCGCAAGAACCUCAAGUGGAUUGGUCUGGACUUGGUGAACGGCAAGCCCAGAGACAACCGUCAGGCCGGCGUGUACGAGCCCACCAUGGUCAAGACGAAGAGCCUGAAGUUUGCCACUGAGGCCGCCAUCACCAUCCUCCGCAUCGACGACCUGAUCAAGCUGUUCCCGGAGCAGAAGGAGGGCGGCCAGUCGUACCAGGACGCCGUGCACUCCGGCUCUCUGGAGGGUUAGGAGUCUGCCUUCGCGUCCGGUUAGGUUCAACGUCUGUAUUUAUACAUAUGGAGCGCUUCGUGGCUGCCGCUCUAGUGUAGGCUGCGCACUUUGCCUGUUUACUUCUCUCCUGCUUCAAGAGGAUCUGUACGUGACUGUUUUUCUUUUGGACACUUAAAUAAACCUCCAAUGGUUGUAAAUGACCGUUGAUUUGUUAAUUCAAA